GAAGACCUGAAAAAUGAAUUGGCAAAUGAGCUGUUCAUGUCAACUCCUGGCCUCAGUAUGACUAAAGUAAAAGAGCAAAUGUUCUAUAAGGUUGGACUGUCAGAUGCUGUUGAUCUGUUUAGAGCAAGAAGAGUGUUUAUUAAAGAUGGAUUUGCAUUUGUGCCACUGAAGGACAUCGAUGCUAUUGUUUUGAAUAACUAUAGAAAAAACUUAUCUAAAGCACUGGCGCUGACAGCACGAUCACUGCCUUCCAUACAGUCUGAUGAGAGACUACAACCACUGCUUAAUCAUCUCAGCCAUUCUUACGUUGGCCCAGAUUACAGCGUACAAAAAAACACUGGAAAAAUUGCUCUAGAGCACAUCGAUGCUCUUUCUGUGAAAUCAUUCCCUCUUUGCAUGCGCCAGUUGCACAAAGCCCUACGUGAGAACCAUCACCUCCGUCAUGGAGGCCGUAUGCAAUAUGGACUUUUCUUAAAAGGCAUUGGUUUGACUCUAGAACAGGCACUGGAGUUUUGGAAGAAGGAAUUUAUCAAAGGAAAAGUGGAUGCAGACAAGUUUGACAAAGGAUACGCGUACAGCAUUCGCCACAACUAUGGGAAAGAAGGAAAGAGAACAGACUAUACCCCGUACAGCUGCAUGAAGAUUAUCAUGUCCAAUCCACCAAGUCAAGGGGAUUAUCAUGGAUGCCCAUUCCGCCACAGCGAUCCUGAGCUACUGAAGCAGAAGCUGCAGUCGUACAAGGUUCCUCCCAGUGGAGUAACUCAGAUCCUGGAAUUGGUGAAGGGCAUGCAUUACCAGCUGGCGUGUCAGAAGUACUUUGAAUUGACACAUGAUGUUGAUGACAUUGGAUUUUCUUUGAAUCAUCCUAAUCAGUAUUUUGCAGAAAGUCAAAGGAUAUUAAGUGGUGGUAGAGAAGUGAAGAAGGAACCGAGUCAUUUGGGAAACUCUCAGCAAAGAAAUAAUAGUCAGGAAAGCGUGAAUUCAAAUUCUACUCCCACCACUUCAAAUAUGACCACUGAUGCAGAGCUGGAGGGACUGGAGGCAUACUUCACUGAAGAUUAAGCAACUAUGGAGUUGUAGAAAUCCAUCCUGAAAAAGGCUGCACUCCAGAUACUGAAGAUUGAAGCAGCAAGGAGUUACAGACAGUGAUGCUGGUGAAGCACCAGACAGCACUCCACUGAUGUGUGGGACUGUUGGACUCCAUUGAUGGUGAAGGAUUCUAUGGAAUCUACAGAUGAUUGAAGGAUUUUCACCUGAAGGUUUUGAAGUGCCUUUGUAAGUGGUGACAGUGCUCUAAUUUUGAAUUUCUUCUGCCCUAACUCUCCUAAAUGAUGACAUUGUCACUUUAAUCACAUUGCAAUUAAAAUUCUUAGCACUUUCCUUACCUUUACUCUGAAAUCUGUUACAUUGGGAAUGGGGGCUCCCUGUUUAUAUAUCUUCAUUGAUUGUUACAUUAGUAGAAUAUAAUUAUUUUUAGUAAUUCAAACGUAGAAUUUAAAAUAGGUCUCUGUUACAGGGAAGAAUAUAAUCUCACUUAUCCUGUGUUAAGUGGAUAAAUCUUAAUCUAGAAUGCAAUGAACAUAACAUUAUUUGACCUUCACUAGUUUACUGCUGGUUUAUGUCUCAGCUCAAAUGACUUUGAACUGUAUUUUCUAUUUUCUUCCCUUUUGUUACCUGCCAGGUGAAUUGCAAAAAAAUAAAA